GGUCCGCAGCUUUGCAAGCUGCUGCGCCGCAAGUAUUUCAUAUCAUCUAUUUCCUUCGUCACUUUACUCUUCCACUCUUUUCCUCACAGCAUGGUCUUUCUUUCAAUACGGCGGUCCUUCAGCAUACUUGCCGGCUUCACUACCUUCAUUCUGUUGUCUGGGACAGUCUACAACUUUCAUGAUCGGUCAACUCGCGGACUACCUAUAACAUACGAGUAUGAGACUCGGCGUAUCGAAGAGUAUAGGCGUCUGUCGACGAGAGACGGGAAUCGGUUACUACCGAGUGCUGCGUGGAGUCCUCUCAGCCUAAACGAGUGCAUCUUUGGCAUGCCCGCCCAUUACGCGCCUUGCGUAGCGCAAAAACUAUCGUCGAAGAAAGUGUUAUACGCGGAGGAACUAUUAUACCCGGCAUUUGAGAUUCGACAGCCCCGUUUUGCAGUGGAGGAGCACAAGGAUCGCUGGAGAAAUGCCGCUUUGAGAGCGAAAGAGCGGGGAACAUUGCAAGACAGUGGGUGGCUUGUGUAUAAAGGCCAGUCGGGCCAGAAUUUCGUGUUUGGAAAUGUCUCUUACACGCAUCCGAAACGAUACGAUAGCUGGUCUCCGGAGGCCUGUAUGGGAAGCCUUGUGUCGUCAGAAGAUAUACGGUCAUUCGAUCCAGAGCAAGUCGUCGCUGUACCUGGGCAUCCUGCGAUUCGGCAAAGCGCCAUAGUGGUCCUUUCCCCGGACUCCAACUCUUUUCAGCAUCACCUUGACCGUGUCACGCAUAUCCUGAUGCAAGGCUCAUAUCUCACCUUUGGAGAGCACCCGCAUGUAAUUACAGGAAAACGGGGAACUGCCUUUGUAGAUCAACUGUGGGAAGGCCUAGGAUAUCGUCCGGAACGCGUGCUGCAUAGCCAGAAAGAGGAUACAUAUGCCGAAAAGUUGAUUUUUUCAUGUCGUGCGGUAUUGGUGCAUCCUUGGUUGUCGCUCAAGACCCUUGAGGCGUUCUCGAUUGAUUACAUGAAGGAGUCUUCAACGCGAAAUAAAAUCGUGUAUAUGUCGCGGUCCAAUGGACGUGCCAAAAACGGUGGCCGUAAGGUUCUUAAUGAGCCGGACCUUCUCAAUGCAAUCAGGAAAUUACUUGAAGAGAGGGACAAGGGUGAAGAGCUUGUUGUAUUUAACGAGAAGGACUUUGCUACCGCCUCCGACCUUUUUGAAUGGUUCAACAGCAACGUUAUGGCGGUGGUCGGUCCCCACGGAGGUGCAAUGUACCACCAUCGUUGGGCUGCUAGAGGGACACUCAUAAUCGAGUUCAUGCCCACCAGCUUCACAUCGAUGGCUAUUUUUGAGGAAGCCUCCGUGCUUUCUCAGACAUAUGCAGCUGUGAUUGUUGAACCAAGUGGAUCCGGUGGGAAGGAUAUGAUCAUCGAUCCCGAGUACGUCCUUUCCCUUCUUAGUCGACAUCUGGGUGUCAAAAUGCGGAGACCUCGUCAUGCCGAGCACAUGGGAUUUUUGUCUGACGAGAUUCAUGACGAUGUGGAUGAUGUCGAGAACGAGAGUUCCUUGGCAGAGGACCCGUUGAAGGUCAGUUACCAAUGGGGUGGUAAGGAGCUUGGGUUGUAAGUUAAGGCUGUACCGCUUAUAAGUAGAUUAAUUUUUUGUAACGCUAGUACUUUCAUCUCACUAAUAAUGCAAACAAGACAUGGUCGC